AUGAAUUACAUCGAGAUGGAAGAACGUGAAUAUAAGCCACUUUUAGAAGAAGUGGAUAACAAAAACAGUAUAAUAAUAAAUAAGAAGGAAUAUUAUAACAUGUAUGAAAACAAUAAUAUAAAUAAUGAUAAUAUUAAUAUACAUCAACGUGUGCCAUUAGGUACACCUCUAACAUAUAUUUCUGGUAAUCCUGGGGAUUAUAUACAACACGUAGAUAUGUAUAAUGUUGAGGAGGAAAAAGAAGGGAAAAAAAGAUUAGCAACAGAUAUAAAAUAUAUUAACUAUUUUGUUACUUAUUUUAUGAUUUCAUUGAUUAUUAUAUGCUAUUAUUUUUAUUAUGGUAAAUAUAGUCGUAUAUUAUAUGGCAUAAAUUACAAUGGGAAAAUAUGUGGAAAUGAACUAUAUAAAUAUCCAUAUUUAUACUUCCCUCUUACUCCUAAAAAAAAUAAACCUGAAAUAUUAAGUACCUAUGCUAAAUGCUUAGAGUCUUGUCCAUCAUCUGAUAUUGUUUCAAAAGAUAUAACAGAUUUAAAUAAAGAUAAAAAUAAAGAUAAGAAUAAAUAUUUUGUAGAAUCCUAUUUUUUUUCUCAUAAAAAAAAUAAUAAUAAUAUGGUUAUUGAUAAAAGAGGAAAUAAUGCAACAAAUAUAAUAUAUAGUGAUUAUACAAAAAGCCCAAAUAAUAAUUUGUAUGUUGAAUAUUCUUUAAAUUCUCCAUAUUAUGAUACUGUAAAUAUUAUGAAUAUAUGUUACCCUAAAGAUAAAUUAUUAAGAGAAAAAGUUGCAAAUAUUAUAUUUACAAACAGAUAUAAAACAUUUGUUAAUUUAUUUUCUCUUCAUAACUCUUUUAUUUUUAUAUUUCUUUUUGUUUCUACUACUAUUGUGUUAUGUUUCCUUUAUUUACUUCUCUUAUAUAUGUCAUCAACUCCAACGUUUUAUUUGUUUUUAAUAUCAUUUGUUUCUUUGAUGUUUUUCUUACCCAUUUAUUUUAUUCAUAAACAUUUAUAUAUGAUAUAUAAUCCUGUCAAAGCAUCCCUUUUUUCCCAUCAAUAUUUUAUUUCCAUAUUUAUAUGUAUCCUCAUAUUUAUUCAAUCCAUUUUUUUUCUCUCUAUUUUUUUUAUAUAUAAAAGUACCUACAAGUACACAUCUCAGAUAAUAGGAAUUACCUUGAAAUUCAUUUAUAAAAUGAAAAAUAUAAUUUACUCCCCCAUUAUUGUGUCAGGUAUAUCAUUUAUCUGGUUUUUCAUUUGGUUAUAUAUUUAUGUUAUGAUAAUGACAGCUGGAGGGAUACAUGAAAAAAGGUUGCGAAUGGAAUUAGAUACGAAUGGUUUUAGUGAAAUAAUGCCCCUUCAAAAAAUUUUUUAUUAUUUCAAAAGUUCUUCAUUUUUUUCUAUAUUAUGGGUGUAUUCCUAUUUUUUUAUUUGUGAAAUUUUACAAAGCUUAAAUCAGUUUACUAUAAAUUAUUUGGGCACUGUAUGGUAUUUUAGUGAUAAAUCAAAUUUUCCAAAAAAAAAUAAUGUCUGGAAGGUUAUGAAAACAAUAAUAAAUUAUCAUUUGGGAAGUUUGAUUUUAUCAAGUUUUAUUAAUUUAUUGUUUAAGCCUUUACGUGUUAUUUUCUUUUGGACAAAUAGCACUUUAUCUCUUCCUUUUUUUUAUAAUCAUAUUAUACAUAAGAUAAAGCAUAAUUUUUAUAUUUUUUUAAGGCCUAUUUCUAAGAUAAUCGAUUCUUAUACAUCAGCUGCAUAUUGUGAAAUGUCUAUAUCUUCAUAUAAUUAUUUGUUUGCAUGUGAUACCUCAUGUAAAAAACUAAUAAAUUCAACAUCCCCUGCGGCAGCGUUGCAUGGAAUAACCUAUAUAUUGAAUAUAAUAUUCCCAUGUUUUACUACCCUGAUUAUUACUUUUUUGUCAUUUAAUAUUUUUAAUAAUUUUCAAAGGUAUAAUGAUUUGUUUUCAUCUAAUUUUAUACCCAGUCCCUUUUUUGCUUCCCUUAUAAUUGGUAUAUUAUGCGGAAUUAUUUCGUCUUAUUUUAUUACCCUUAUAUCAUCUCUAUGUGAUUGCGUAUUAUAUUGUUUUAUUUGUGAAUGUUAUAAAAACCAAAUAAUUGAUGAGGAUCCUAUGAGAAAUAUAUUUACACCGUCAAUAUUAAGAAAUUUUAUAUUAGAAAUAUAUGAUGAAUAUAAUUCGAAUUUGUGA